UCAACAAAAUCUGGUCAUGUGCGAUGUCUGCUCUUCACUGAAAUUGUGCAAAACAUUGUGAAAGGACAGUCUUUCAGGACACGAUCGACAUGUGAAGAACAUUUUGGCAACACAUAAUGCACGACGCUUACGAGGCAGCUCCAAUUCUGGAGAAACUCCCUCUCCAAAUUGAAUCAAUAGCAUGUUAUGAUGACAUUUUGCUGGUGGGAACGAAGCAAGGGCACCUGCUGCAGUACAAGAUCAAGAGGAGUACAAGGGUGCAAGAAAAGAAAUUUGAGGUAACCUUGGAGAGAUCAAACAAGUCCUUCUCCAAGAAACCAAUCACACAGCUUGCUGCUAUUCCUGAGCACUACAUUCUGAUCAGUCUCUCAGACAAUGUAAUCAGCGUUCAUGACCUUCAGUCCUUUGGCCUCGUCACCUGUGUCAGUAAGACGAAGGGGGCUACGCUGUUUGCCACAGAUGUACAGAAAGCUCCGUCCAUCACCGGUGGGGAGCAGACCACUCUCAGGAUAGGUGUGUCCUCCAAGAGAAGAGUGCAGUUGUUUUAUUGGAAGAAUAGAGACUUCUAUGAAUUGCUGGCAGACCUGAGUCUGUAUGAUGUUCCGCGAGCGAUGGCCUGGUGUAAGGAGUCUCUGUGUGUGGGAUUCCGUCGAGAGUACUACAUGAUCAGUGUUAAAAAUGGUGAGCUGACGGAACUGUUCCCCGUAGGGAGUCGCCAGGUGGAACCCAUUGUCACCAGACUAGCCAAUGACCGCCUGGCACUCGGCCGAGACGAGAUGUCUAUUUUGAUAGAUGCUGAGGGCAAACCUGCUCGGAAGGAGCCGGUGAAGUGGUCCGACAUUCCCUUAGCUAUAGAACAUAAUCCACCCUAUGUGCUAGCCAUCUUACCCAAGUAUGUGGAAGUCCGAACUGUUGACCCCAACCUGAAUAUCCAGAGUAUAGAGCUCUCCAAGCCUAGACUUGUGUGUCAGGGGAGUAACACUGUAUAUGUAGCUUCGUCCAACUUUGUGUGGAGACUGGCCCCCACACCCAUCUCUCACCAGAUUAAACAGCUGCUUCAGGGAAAGGAGUUCAAACUGGCUCUUCACUUAGCUGACAUGCAAGAUGAGCCCGAGUCUGAGAAGGAGAAGAGGAUCAGGAACAUCAACAACCUGUACGCCUUCGACCUGUUCUGUCAGCACAAGUUUGAGGAGUCCAUGAAGAUAUUUGACUCUCUCGGGACAGAUCCGUCUCAUGUGAUUGGGUUAUACCCCAACCUGCUGCCCCAGGACUUCCGGAACCAGCUGGAGUAUCCUGACCGACUGCCGGACCUGGAGGGUGGGGAGCUGGAGAAAGGACUGCUUGCACUCAUUGAUUAUCUCACUGAUAAGAGAAACCAGUUACUCAAGGACCUGAACAAGGACAUGGCAACAACGGCCAUUGUCGAGGGCAACGUCACCAUCCGCUCCAAGAAGCAGCUGAGCCAGAUCAUAGACACAACACUCCUUAAAUGCUACCUCCAGACAAAUGAUGCGCUGGUGGCCCCGCUGCUGAGACUGAAGGACAACAACUGCCACGUGGAGGAGAGCGAACGGGUGCUCAAGAAGAAGGAGAAGUUCAGUGAGCUCAUCAUCCUGUAUGAGAAGAAAGGUCUCAAUCAAAAAGCCCUGAACCUAUUGAUGAAGCAGGCAGCUCGGCCUGACUCUCCCCUCAAAGGCCAUGACCGGACAGUCCAGUACCUGCAGCAUCUAGGUGCUGAACAUCUGGCUUUGAUAUUUGAGUAUUCUGAGUGGGUGCUGAGGAAACACCCGGAGGAUGGGCUGAAGAUAUUUACUGAGGAUACACCUGAGAUUGAAAGUCUUCCGAGAGAUGAGGUGCUAGAGUUUCUAGAGAGGACGGGGAAAGAUCUGGCUAUUCCUUAUCUUGAACAUAUAAUUUCUCAAUGUGAUGACGAGACACCAGAGUUCCACAACCGCCUAGUGCACCUGUACCGAGAGAAGAUCCAGACACUAGCUGAGGAUUAUGUCGAGUCUCUCCCUGAAGCAGGAGAUCGUCUCGACAAAUCAAAAGACGAGCCGGCAGAGUUGGAGGAGUACAGGGUGAAGCUGGUGGUGUUCCUGCAGACGUCCCAGCACUACGUUCCCGAGAUGCUGCUGGCCAGGUUCCCGCUAGAUAAGUUCUACGAGGAGAGAGCAAUCCUACUGGGCCGCCUGGGGAGACACGAACAGGCUCUGGGCAUCUACAUCCACAUCCUCAAGGACCCCCGUCUGGCUGAAGUUUAUUGUCGGACACACUUCGAUAAGGACAAGGAAGGAAACAAAGAUGUGUACGUGUGCCUGCUGAAGAUGUUCCUCCAGCCUCCGGAACCCUCCACGCUCGGGCUGGCCCCAGGCGGAGUUGUCAGCACACCCCAUAAGAACAUCCCUGCUGCCCUCAAACUCCUGGAGGACCAUGCUUGGAAGAUUGAGACGACUAAGGCUCUGGAGCUGUUGCCCCCGGAGACCCGAGUCCGAGACAUCCUGACUUACCUGGAGAACGUGAUGGAGCAUCGAGCAGCUCAGCGGCGCUCAGACCAGGUGCUCAAGAGCAUGCUCUACAAUGAAAACCUACAGGUCCAAGAACAGCGUAUGUACUACCAGAAGGUCAAGGUCAUCAUCAAUGAUGAGAAAACAUGUCGCGUUUGUAGGAGGAGGAUUGGAGACAGUGCCUUCGCUCGCUACCCAAAUGGCCUGAUCGUCCACUACUUCUGUUGCAAAGACCCAAAGACGUUGCCGCCAGAUCUCAAGUGAACCAAUCAGACUACACACACAAUAUAAGUCAAUAUGGCACAAUAUGGUGCCAUGAUGUCAUUUGUGAUGCACUGAAUCAGGACUCUUGUCCUAGCUGGUUGGUUGUGUACAUCUCGGAUUGCAUCACAAGAGUAUUUUUCGGUCUCUUCCAUGAAAGAUCCAUCUUCCCGAGACAAGGGAGUUAACUGACUGUAAAAGCCCAGUUUCCACCCAUGCCGAACUAGCCUAGAAUGUCUGGGUUCGAUCAAAGCGCCACCAGUGUCUAUUACGAGUUAUGUCCCUUCUAUGCCCCUUCUAUUGACCAAUCAGAAUCCACCUCUCAUAACACUAGCAUUUGCUUCAAAUAAAAUGGCAUUGCCCAUUUAAGAUAAUCUGAUCCAUAAUCAAGAUCUACAUUGUAAUAAAACUGCUCUUUCUUUGUGAACUGUAUCAAGUCAUAUAAGCACCUUGAUAAAAAACAUGAAAAGAUUUGGAAAAUAUCUGCUAAGAUGUCGGUACAUAUGUUUUGCAAAUCCUGCCAUCGACUGAAAUCUACACGGCAGUUCAUGUUGAUUUUAUUACGCGAUUUUGAUUGGACAAUCCAUAGACUCGCUAGUCCAGCCUAAAUAGAACUCCAUAAUUCCAGGGUUGAGCCUGGCAUGUUUUAGUCAGUGGACUCCCUUACCUAGGGAAGAUGGACAAGCUGCGGUGUUGUUGAUCUUUGAUUCAGUGGAAUAUGUGUGGACACAAUAUGAUGUCAGAGCAUGAUAUCAGUACAUACAGUACCAUUCAGUGGAAAUCCAGGUCAAAUAUCACGUAUGAAUCAGGGCUAUGUAUUUGUAAACAAAUGGUAUUGCAAUGUAUUGAUACAGAUAUCUGUAUUGCGAUACAUAUUGCGAUACACUGGGAUCUAAAGUGUUUGACAGUGUUUGACAUAGAUUGUACAUGCAGAUCCUAUUUUCUACAUACGAAAGUAAAUAUUACAAUGUCAAAGUCACGGUCAGUCGGCUAAUGCGAGAGAAAAAUCGACUAGUGUUUCCACUGUUUUGUUAAUCAAUUUCGAAGGGAAACAUCAUUUGUUAAUUCAUUUUUAUGUAGAUUUUAGGUUAAACAAUACAAAUACCGUAUUCGAUGUAAUAAGCGCCUACAGUGAUAUUUGCUAAUAUACUGGCUAGUGAACAAUCCCAAUUAUCACCCCUUCCAACUGAUCAAUGUACACAAGACUUAUUUAUUUGUGU